UGCCACCGCUGUUCUUUGCGCCACCCGAAACGCUCUAGGGCUGCCCCAGCUGUAUUUCCAAUUGUAUCUCUAUGUAUCUCCAAUUGGCAAUUCAUGGUGACAGUGCUUCCGAAUAGACUGCGAUCGUUUCUGUUCUAUUGUUGCGGAUGCUGCACUCUUGUCACAAAAUACACCGACAACGGCUUAUUGUUCCAAUCCCAGUCUCUGGCAAUCUUCCACAGUCUUCCCAAUUCCCAAUCGCUUGUACAAUCUGGUUUGUUUAAUUGCCUGCUCUUGGAAACCACAUAGUGAUCCAAUUCUUUUACUUAUCUUUUUCUAUCUUGUUUUUCUGGCCCACCAUUCGCUGCCUCCCUCAAUCUCCC